AUGACAGUAGUUAGCGCCGUAUAAAAAGAGGCGGCGCGCGCGCAGCCUCCAAGACAUUGUUUACUCGCGUCGUAUCGUUAAGGUGUUAGGUAAAAAUAAAUCAUGAAGUUCCUGAUCGUUGUUUGUGUAUUGGUGUGCGGUGCGAGUGCUAAUGUUGCGCCGUUCUUGACAGCCUGCAAGCCGUCAGACACAGCCUGCCUGUUAGCCUCAGCAAAGAAGGCGAUCCCCUUCGUUGUGGCCGGGGUCCCAGAGCUAGGUCUACAGACCCUGGACCCCAUGACCAUCGACAAAGUGGGGUCGCGCGAGGCAGGUCUCCAACUUGACAUGAGAGACACCACUGUUAAAGGGCUGAAGAACUGUGAAGUUCCCAAUUUCAAACGCAAUGGAAGAAGAAUGAACUUGGAUGUGAAAUGUCCCAACCUCCAGCUGACUGGAGACUACACCCUCGGGGGCAAGCUGCUCAUCCUGCCCAUCGAGGGCAAGGGCAAAUACAAGAUCAGGAUCCGUGACAUCCUGGUGAAGCUCCAGAUCGACACGGCCGAUGUGGAGAAGAACGGAGAUAAGUUCUGGAAGGUCGCUAACUGGAAGUUUACGACCGACAUUCAGACCAACGUGCAUUACGCCUUCCAGAACUUGUUCAACGGGAACCAGCAGGCUGCUGACACCAUCCACCAGUUUGCGAACACCAACUGGAAAGAGAUCUACAACGAAGUCGGCACGCCGGUCACCGCCGCCAUUGUCAGCAGGAUCGUCAAAGCCAUAGAGAAAAUGUUCGAGAAAGUGCCCGUCAAGGAAAUCAACCUUGAAUAGUUUAGUUACCAAUUUUUAUGAUAGAUGGCGCUGUAAUGUCGGCUACAUCGCGCUGUUAAGAUUUUUACACAAUUCAAUAGAAAGCCAAACGUACGAUUAAAGUUAGUGAUUUCUUGACAACUUACUUCUUAGUUUUUGAAUAAGUUUUAAAUGAAGAGUCUUAGAUAUAAUAAGUGCAGUUUAGUAACUAAGAAGCCGUUAAGGAGAUCAAUUGACUAGUUCAUCUUAGUGAUGUUAUUUGACUUGGGCAUGUGACAGAAGACGACGUGAUAUUGCCAUACUACUGACUUAGUUUCUAUUCUCAUAAUUAAUUGACUUUACAUAGAAAUAUCUAUUUCUCACGCGGGGUUCCUGCCACAAAGGUUUUCCUUGUAAAUAAUUAUUGUUUGUGGUUACUGUUAAGGAUUUAUAAUGCAAGGAACGGAAAAAUACUUGGAUAAUCAUCUGUGUGUUAUAAUAAUUUGUAAGUAUUUGUAAAAUAAUAUGGGAACAGUUUGCCAUAAAAUGUAAUGAAUACAAGAUUUUAAAUGAGGUAA